UCAAAUGUUAUAGGUCAUUGAAAUGUCGGGGGUUUGUGCUGCAUCUGACAUUUGGAGUGUUGGUUGCACUGUGAUUGAGCUUCUCACAUGUGUACCACCAUACUAUGAUCUCCAGCCCAUGCCUGCCCUUUUUCGGAUUGUGCAGGAUGAGCAUCCUCCGAUUCCAGAUAGUCUAUCUCCUGCUAUUACUGAUUUCCUGCGUCAGUGCUUUAAGAAGGAUGCAAGACACAGGCCAGAUGCAAAGACAUUACUUUCACAUCCUUGGAUACAGAACUCAAGAAGGGCUUUGCAGUCCUCUCUUCGCCAUAGUGGAACUCUGACGUAGCGUUCUCACUGAUUCUUCCCUCCCUCCUGUGAUACUUUGAUAUUGCAUUUUCAUAUUAAAGGGUGCUGAUUUAGAAUCGUGUAUUGUUCCAAGC